AUGCAUAUUGAAGAAGUAGGAGAAUCUUCCAAUGUGGAGAGCACGUUGAUGCAGGAGGAGACUUUUGAAAAGUCAGAGUGCACUGAUAUUAGUGGAAUCAAACCUAAUAUAGAACCUGUUAUUGGUAUGGGGUUUGAGUCUAUAGAUGAUGCAUGGGAGUUUUACAAGACAUUUGGGAAAGUGAAAGGAUUUCCUGUAGUGAAAAGCACGUCUGUGAAGAAUGGUGAAGGGUGUAUAAGAAGCUACAAGUUUACUUGUGCUCGAGCAGGUAAGUGUAAUUCCAUCUCUGAAAAACCAUUAAGGCCUCAAGCAACAAUAAAAUGUGGUUGUCAAGCCAAGCUAGUGUUGCGGUUAGAUUGUCUAGUUGGUUAUGUAAUCAGUCUGCUAAAUUUGGAGCAUAAUCAUGAACUGAAACCGGAAUUCGCCAGACAUUUUUGUUGUAACCGUUUUAUUAAUUCUGGGGUAAAGAAUCAAAUUGAUCUUCUUGAUCAAUCUGGUAUAAGGUUGUGCAAAAGUUAUGAUAUUUGUGUAAAUGAAGCCGGUGGACAUGAGAAUAUGACGUGUUCUCAAAAAGAUUGUAGAAAUCUAAUUGAUAAAUUGCGAAGUGCACGGCUAGGAGAAGGAGAUGCAGUUGUUAUUUUAAAGUAUUUUAUAAAGAUGGGUUCACAAGGUUUGGGAUUUUAUUUAAGUGUCGAUAUAGAUGACACUGGGCAUUUGACAAUCCUGUUUUGGGCAGAUGGCAGGUCAAGAUAA